UUUUGUCUGGAAGGGUUAGAGCUAUAGAGUCGAGGAAGGUCUAUUUUCUUCUCCGCUAAAAAUUGCCAAAUAACGGAAGAAUACUGUGGAUUUAACCUUACGUCGCUUUCCUUUAGGAUCCUGAAUAUUUUCUUGGGAAGUUUUGGAAUUAAUAUACGGCAGCUGAUACUUAGUAGCCUUUCAGAGAAGACGCACCAACUUAGCCGAAUCGUCUAAUGUACAAAACGAAACGGAAGUAACUUGCCAGCUGUCUGGCCAAGCUUGAUAGGGUCUGAAUGCCAACUUUGCAUAUGAUGGAGUUGGGCAGGCAACUCUGUUUGAAGAUGCGGAAAACUAGGAAGGCCCAGCCUUCUCUGUCUCCUGCUUCUGUUAAGGGCCUGGAAAUCCACUUUUACAGAUCUGACAUUGACCACCUUAAGUACCUAAAAGGCCACUACACUGCUGAGACCCUCUGCGUGGAAGCUGCCAAGAAAUGCUCUAUCUCCCCCUUGUGCCAUAACCUAUUUGCCCUGUACAAUGAGAGCAGUGACACUUGGUACCCACCCAACUAUGAGUUCAAGAUCACAGAUGAUAUCAGUAUCAAGUUGCACUAUCGCAUGAGGUUUUAUUUCAGAAACUGGCACAGUACCACUGAAGGAGAGCCGCAUGUCUGGAGACACUGCAUCAGUAAACUCAAAGGAAACAGCCCACAGAAAACACCAGAAGGAACGCCCCUACUGGAUGCUGAUUCCUUGACCUACCUGUUUACUCAGAGCCAAUAUGACUUUCAGACUGGCAGAGUUCCACCCAGGAUGUCCCAGUCUGAGGCAGAGCAGCACGAGAUAGAAAAUGAGUGUUUGGGCAUGGCUGUGCUUGCCAUAACUCACUACGCCAUGAAUGAGCGUAUACCCCUGUCCACAGCUUCCAAUGAAAUCAGCUACAAGCGUUUCAUCCCAGAUUCAUUGAACCGCAACAUUAAACAACGCAACAUUCUGACGCGCAUCCGCAUCAACAACGUGUUUAAGAAAUUCCUCACUGAAUUCAACAAUCAGACAGUGAAGGACAGCAACAUCACAACAUAUGACCUGAAGAUCAAGUACCUGGCCACACUGGAAGGCCUGGUCAGCAGCAUGGGCAGCGAGCUUUUUGAGCCUUCUUCGCUUAGUGUAAUCCAGGAGGGAGACCUCCUCAAUGGCGGUUACUUUGGAUAUUUUAAUCAGGGCGUAGGACAUACUCAUAGUCAGAACAUGGAGGCAAGCCAUGACAUGCAGGUCUUCGUUACUGGCACCACUGGUAUUUCCUGGAGGAAAAAACCCACUACGAUAUCUAUGACUUCCAAAGAAAAAGGAAAGUCAAAAAAGAACAAACUGGAUGGAAGACAGAAGAAUGACAAAAGCAAAGAUUCAAAUGAAGGCUGGCUCAUUUUCUGUGACUUCCAUGAGAUCACGCACACUGUAAUCAAAGAGGCAACGGUCACCAUUUAUAAACAGGACAACAUGAAAAUGGAGAUGCAAAUGGCUACAAGGGCUGAGGCUCUGUCCUUUGUAGCACUUGUGGACGGGUACUUCAGGCUGACUGUGGAUGCCCACCACUACUUGUGCAAGGAGGUGGCUCCAGCUUCAGUGGUGCACAACAUCAACAAUGGUUGCCAUGGGCCCAUCAGUACUGAGUACGCCAUCCAAAAGCUGCGUCAGGAGGGCAAUGAGGAGGGUGCCUACAUCCUGCGCUGGAGCUGUACUGAAUACCAGUACAUCAUCAUCACUGUGGUUUGCAGUGAGAUUGACUUGAGGGAGUCUCGUCCUGUGCGCCAGUAUAAGAACUUCCAGAUUGAGGUUACUCCAAAUUCAUUCACCCUACACGGUACGGAUACAUCACAGCCCACUCUCAAGGAGCUGCUCGAGCACCUGGAGGGUCAGAAUCUUCGCAGUGACAACCUUCAGUUCCAGUUGAUCCGCUGCUGCCCCCCACAGCCAAGAGAAAUUUCUAAUCUCCUUGUGGCCACCAAAGACAGAGUACCAGCUCCUCAGACACACAUGCCAUGCAAUCAAGUCAGCUUCCCUCGCAUUCUCAAAGAGGACAUUGAGCAGGAGGAGCACUUAGGUGUGGGUACAAAAACCAACAUCUACUCGGGCACUCUGAAGGUGAAGGGUGAGGAGGAGGAGGAUGCAGGAUAUAUAUCCUUCCAGGAAGUCAAGGUGGUGCUAAAGGUGCUGGGUUCUGGACACAGGGAUAUCUCCAUGGCUUUCUUUGAAACAGCCAGUAAGAUGCAACAAGUGUCCCAUAAACACAUCGUGCUGCUCUAUGGAGUGUGUGUCCACCACCAGGAGAAUAUUAUGGUGGAGGAGUUUGUUCAGCUGGGACCACUGGAUGUGUUUAUGAGAAGACAACAGACUCCACUCAGCACAUCGUGGAAAUUCCAGGUGGCCUUGCAGUUGGCAUCAGCCCUCAGUUACUUGGAGGACAAAAGAUUAGUCCAUGGCUUUGUCUGUGCUAAGAACAUACUGCUGGCCAGAGACGGACUGGGUACUGAUGAAGGAGGUCCCUUCAUUAAGCUCAGCGACCCAGGAAUACCAAUCACAGUACUCACCAGAGAGGAGUGUGUACAUCGUAUCCCGUGGAUUGCUCCAGAGUGUGUGAAGAACUCCUCAUCCCUGAGUGUCGCUGCUGACAAAUGGGGAUUUGGUACCACUCUGUGGGAGAUCUGCUAUGAUGGAGAAGUUCCUCUCAAAGAGAAGAAACUCACAGAGAAGGAGAGGUUUUAUGAAACAGAGUGCCAACUGGCCACCCCGGACUGCACAGAGCUGGCCGAACUCAUGACCGACUGCAUGAACUACGACCCCAAGAAGAGACCUUUCUUCAGGGCUAUCGUCAGAGACAUGGACAUACUCAUAGGAAAAAACCCUUCUAUCAAACCCCAGCCAACACCAGAGGUUGACCCAACCAUGUUUGAAAAGAGAUUCCUGAGGAAGAUCAGAGAACUGGGAGAGGGUCACUUUGGUAAGGUGGAGCUGUGCCGCUAUGACCCCAGGGGAGACAGAACAGGUGAGAUGGUGGCUGUGAAGUCGCUAAAGCCUGAGAACCGGGAAGAGCAGAGCAACAACCUCUCCAGAGAGAUUGACAUCCUGAAGGAUCUCUACCACGAAAACAUAGUCAAAUACAAGGGGAUUUGCCAAGAGGAAGGUGGUCAGGCUAUCAAGCUGAUCAUGGAGUAUCUUCCACUGGGCAGCUUAAAGGAAUAUCUACCCAGAAACAGAUCCAAGAUUAAGCUCUCCACCCUGCUCAGCUACUCUGUCCAGAUAUGCAAGGGAAUGGACUAUUUGGGAUCUCAAAAUUACAUCCACCGUGACCUGGCUGCCCGAAACGUGCUGGUGGAAAAUGAGACGACUGUGAAGAUUGGAGAUUUUGGCCUCACAAAGAGCAUCAAGGAUAACGAAGGUUAUUACACGGUGAAGGACGAAAACGACAGCCCUGUUUUCUGGUACGCUCCCGAGUGUCUGACUCUCUGUAAGUUCUACCUUGCUUCAGAUGUUUGGUCCUUUGGGGUCACGAUGUAUGAACUCCUCACCUACUGUGACUCCACCAAGAGCCCGAUGACGUGCUUCCUUGACAUGAUUGGUCGAAGUCAUGGUCAGAUGACUAUCAUCCGACUGGUGAAGGUGUUGCAAGAAGGAAAGAGGCUGCCAUGUCCCGACAUCUGUCCCGAGCGUGUGUACGAGCUGAUGCGCAGAUGCUGGGAGCAGGCACCUGAGAGGAGGAUCACCUUCAAGCGCCUGAUCGAGGAACUCACUGUUGUGCAGCAACAGCUCCAACAACAAAUCAGCCAAUCACCUAUCUGAGGCGCUCGUAGUGAAGCUGACUUGCCUGCCAGUUUGGGUGCAAAUGGAAAACAUGACCCCCCCAUCCCCAACCCCCACCCCCACCUGAUGCCCCAGAUCAGCCUCUGCUUGUGUGGCUUCAGUGUUAAGGCACACAGUCACGCUCCUUCAUACUCACAUAGAAACUGUCAACAUCCUUGACAUAGCCUGCUAUAUUUUUUUAACAUUUUUAUUUCACAUCGAUUCAGAUGUUCUGUUUUCAGUUUAAGCGUAUUAGAAAAAUAUUUUAGCCUUUUACUUCAUGACCUGGCAUCUUACUUCCAACUGUCUUGAAAUUUUUGAACUGUUUGCACUGUGAAAAAUGAUCCUUGUGGCUCGAAGACCUUCGAAUUAUGUGGCGCUCUUACUUAUGGACCACAGAAAGAUUGAGGAAGAAACUCUUUACGCCGGUGUUUGGUUGUGUGUCAGCAUUCUUUGCGAUUGAUGGAUGACUGACAAACCAUGUUAGAAGUCCUCAAAUGGAUGGGAUUGGAUAAGGAAGUCGGAACAUCACCGCAGAUAUCCAAGCUGUGGUUUCAGAGUUUUGUGCCGCUGCUGUUUGUUUCAUGGAGUCUUUUUUUUUUUUUUGGAGAAAAUGACCAGAUUUGAGCCUUGAAAUUAUGUGUAAUACAUGUCUGGAUUUGCUGUUCGGGAUGUGCAGAUGCAGUCACUGAGAAAGUGGCAUGCCAUUAGAGCCAGUAGUCAGCAUUUUUCCUUCCACUCCUCUGUUGAAACGGUUUCAUAAUUUAAAGGUUUGCACGAUUGAAACUCUUCAGUGCUUCUUUUUUAGCAGUUUCCAUUUUUUUCCAAUUAACAAGAAAAUUAAAGAAAUCUUUCAACAUUUAGGAAACGUAACAAGAAAAAAAUUUGAACUAUUUAGGAAAUUUAUGGACCAUUUGGGAAAACACAAAAGCUGCAUUUGCACAGGAGCAGAAAAUCUAUAUUGUUCUUUUUUGUGUUUCUAUAGUGUAACAGAUCUGUUAUUGUACAUCUAAUCAGUCAUGCCUAAAUCCUUUUAACAGUUGAGUGAAUUAUUUGCGAGCACAGUACUCGUAAGAGACACUUGAGGGCAGUACAACUAUAUCUUUCCUUUUCUCUAUUGUUAUGGGGCUUUGAGUCAGAACCACAAAUACUAUAUAUCCAAAGCAUAGAUAUCAUGUCAUUUCCUGAAUUAGAGCCAAUUGUCACUGCUGAGGAUUGUCAGUGAGGGAAAUGUAGAUUAUUAAAAGGAAGAAAAGGCAGUGAUUUUUCUUCUUUCUUUUUUUUAUAUACAUUUUUUUGUGCAUGCCUUUUUUAAGUCUCCAUUAUCCCUUACAAUGUAUAAGUGUAUUUAAUCCAUGUGUAUGUUGCAAGGUUUCAGGAGAGGGCUUUAGAUAUGCAGCCAGAAAAAUUGUGCUCAGUCACAUAUUACAACCCCAGAAACAGUCAAUUCUACACAAAGGCAACAACAAAAGGACAAUGAUGUGCUUCAGCCCACAUUUUAUUUAGGAAUGUAAAAGACAAUUCCUUCUGCUCUAAAUGAGAGAAAAGAAAUAUAUAUUUU